GAUGCUGUGCUCAGCCACACUCUGCAGUGGUUGUGGAGCACCUCUAACGUGUUGCUAGUUCCAAGCAGUGAUUUGAGCAAGGAUGGAGGUAUUGGUCAUGUUAUCUCUGCUCGGAAACAACAACGUGCUGAACUUCAAUUCUCUUUCUGGUGGAGGUGGCUGUUGUUGGCUUCUUAUUCACAGCGUUCUGACGUGACUCUUAAUUCUUUCCUUCUCCUUCCCAACUCCAGGUUUCUGCUCUCUGGCAACCUGCACGGUGGCUCAGUGGUUGCAAGCUAUCCCUAUGAUGACUCGCCCACACAUAAGCCUACAGGAGUCUACAGUAAAUCAGCUGAUGAUGAAGUGUUCAAAUAUUUGGCAAAAGCUUAUGCAUCACAUCACCCCAUAAUGAGGACUGGCAAGCCAAAUUGCCCUGGUGAGGAAGGAGAGACCUUCCCAGAGGGCAUCACCAAUGGUGCCCAGUGGUAUGAUGUGGAAGGUGGGAUGCAGGAUUACAACUACGUGUGGGCCGACUGCUUUGAGAUCACGCUGGAGCUGUCCUGCUGCAAAUACCCACUGACCUCUGAGCUCCAGCAAGAGUGGGAGAACAAUCGUGAAUCCCUCCUUUCUUUCAUUGAGAAGGUCCACAUUGGAGUGAAAGGUUUUGUCAGGGAUGCAGUCACCAAGGCUGGCUUGGAGAACGCAACCAUUGUUGUUGCUGGCAUUGCUCAUAACAUCACAGCAGGCAAAUACGGCGACUACCACCGGCUGCUGGUGCCUGGGACCUACAACGUGACCGCCGUUGUGAUGGGUUACACACCACUGACCAGAGAAAACAUUGAGGUGAAGGAGGGAGAUGCAACAGAAGUGGAUUUCUUCUUGCAACCGACUGUGAUGGCACCAGCUCCCAACCUCACACAGCUCACAGCAACACUUGCUCCUGCUUCUACCAUUGCCUCCACCGUGGUGCAGGCUGAAGCCCCGAGCCCAACCUCUCUCCGUCAGCCCAUCCAACCUGUGGACUUCCGCCACCACCACUUCUCAGAUAUGGAGAUCUUCCUGCGGCGCUACGCCAACGAGUACCCCAACAUCACCCGGCUGUACUCCGCAGGCAAGUCGGUGGAGCUGCGGGAGCUCUAUGUGAUGGAGAUCUCAGACAACCCUGGUGUCCACGAAGCAGGUGAGCCAGAGUUCAAGUAUAUUGGUAACAUGCACGGGAAUGAAGUUGUGGGGCGAGAGCUGCUGCUGAACCUCAUCGAGUACCUCUGCAAGAACUUCGGCACCGAUCCUGAGGUGACUGACUUGGUCCGGAGCACACGGAUCCACAUCAUGCCAUCCAUGAACCCAGAUGGCUAUGAGAAGUCCCAGGAAGGAGAUAGGGGAGGAACCGUUGGCAGAAACAACAGCAACAACUACGACCUGAACCGGAACUUCCCAGAUCAGUUCUUCCAGGUGGCAGACCCUCCACAGCCUGAAACUCUGGCUGUCAUGAGCUGGCUGAAGUCUUACCCAUUUGUGCUUUCAGCAAACCUGCAUGGAGGUUCUCUGGUGGUUAAUUACCCCUAUGAUGAUGAUGAACAAGGAAUGGCCAUAUACAGCAAAUCCCCAGACGAUGCUGUGUUUCAGCAACUGGCACUUUCUUACUCCAAGGAAAAUAAAAAGAUGUAUCAGGGAAGCCCAUGUAAGGAUAUGUACCCCAACGAGUACUUCCCACAUGGCAUCACAAAUGGGGCCCAGUGGUACAAUGUUCCAGGUGGGAUGCAAGACUGGAAUUACUUAAACACAAACUGCUUUGAAGUGACCAUUGAGUUGGGCUGUGUGAAAUACCCAAACGCAGAGGAGCUCCCAAAGUACUGGGAGCAGAACCGCAGGUCCCUCCUGCAGUUCAUGAAACAGGUUCACCGUGGGGUCUGGGGCUUCGUGCUGGAUGCCACGGAUGGAAGGGGCAUUCUCAAUGCCACCAUCAGCGUCGCUGAGAUCAACCACCCAGUGACCACCUACAAGGAUGGAGACUACUGGCGCCUCUUGGUGCAGGGGACAUACAAAAUCACAGCAUCUGCACGAGGGUACAAUCCUGUCACUAAGAUGGUGGCAGUUGACAGCGAAGGUGCGGUGCAAGUCAACUUCACUCUUAAACGGACAGAUGCCAAAGUGGAGGAGGGGAACGUGCCAGUCCUGAAUACCCCAGACACCAGCGACCCCAACGAGAAGGAGUUUGAGACUCUGAUCAAGGAUCUCUCUGCUGAGAAUGGUGUGGAACGGCUCCUGCUUUCCUCCUCGGGGAAAGUCUCUCCUUAUCGGUACCGCCCUUACAAGGACCUCUCCGAGUUCCUCCGAGGCCUCUACCUGAACUACCCACUCAUCACAAAUCUCUCCAGCCUGGGUCAGAGCGUUGAGUUCCGUCAGAUUUGGUCCCUUGAAAUCUCCAACAAGCCCAACCAGUCUGAGCCUGAGGAGCCCAAGAUCCGCUUUGUUGCUGGGAUUCAUGGGAAUGCUCCUGUUGGUACCGAGCUGCUCCUGACACUGGCAGAAUUUCUUUGCAUGAACUACAAGAAGAACGCUGCUGUUACAAAGCUGAUUGACCGAACACGGAUUGUGAUUGUGCCAUCCCUGAACCCAGACGGACGGGAGAUAGCACAGGAGAGGGGCUGCACCUCCAAGAUAGGCCAGACUAAUGCCCAUGGCAGAGAUCUGGACACAGACUUCACAGGCAAUUACUCCAGGUAUUCAGGAACACAAGAGCCUGAAACCAAAGCCAUGGAGAACUUGAUAUUGAAGCAAGACUUCAGCCUCUCUGUUGCUCUAGAUGGUGGAUCUCUGCUUGUCACUUAUCCCUAUGAUAAGCCAGUGCAGACAGUGGAGAACAAAGAAACACUGAAGCAUUUGGCAUCUGUAUAUGCAAACAACCAUCCGUCGAUGCAUUUAGGCCAGCCAGGCUGUCCAAAUAAGUCCGAUGAGAAUAUUCCUGGGGGUGUGAUCCGUGGCUCUGAAUGGCACAGCCACCUGGGAAGUAUGAAGGAUUUCAGCGUUACGUUUGGUCACUGUCCUGAGAUCACUGUUUAUACCAGCUGCUGUUACUUCCCCAGUGCAGGGCAGCUCCCCGGCCUGUGGGCAGAACACAGGAGGUCUCUCCUUAGCAUGCUUGUGGAGGUUCACAAGGGAGUCCAUGGAUUUGUCCAAGACAAGAGUGGCAAGGCAAUUUCUAAAGCUGUCAUUGUUCUUAAUGAAGGUUUGAGGGUUUGUACUAAAGAAGGUGGCUAUUUCCAUGUGCUUUUGGCUCCUGGUUUGCAUAACAUCAAUGCUAUAGCAGACGGGUACCAACAGAAGCAUAUGCAGGUCUUGGUACGCCACGAUGCACCCAGCUCUGUGUUCAUUGUAUUUGACAUGGAAAACAAGAUAUUUGGUCUGCCACGGGAGCUGGUUGUAACAGUUGCAGGUAAAGUGAUAGCUUCAUUCAAAGCUUUGAGCCUCGUUUUCCAGGCUGGUUCAUUCUGA